AUGGAGAAAGUGUGUUUUCUGAUAUAUUCUGCUCUUCUUGUGCUAACUAGAACCAUUUACGCCAAGAGUAAUACUGUUCCCGUGAAGAACUUCAGUGGUUCCAGCUACAUUUUCUAUAGGAGCAAUGGUAACUGGUACAAUUGGGAAAGAAGCAAAACAAUAUGUGAACAGUCUGGAUAUAACCUUGUUUCUAUUGAGAGUCGUGAGGAGUGGAACUUCCUGAAUCAAACCAUCCAAAAAGAAGAUACCAUUGAAUACUUCAUAGGUUUGAGGAAAGAUACAUCAACUGGAGUGUGGAGAUGGUUAAGUGAUAACAGCACAGUCAAUGCGUCCAAUAAAGGACAUUGGCCCUGGGCAGCUAGACAACCUAAUGGCAAAGAUGAGAACUGCGCGCAAAUGUACAGAGAUUAUCUUGAUAACUUUGGGCGCUAUAAUGAUGUCAGCUGUACUUCACGCUUAUCCCAAGCAGGAUUCAUAUGUGAAUUUAAAGGUGGAGGAGAGAAAAAAUCAGCGAAAGCGACGGCAUCCACCCUAACAGGACUGAAUGAUGGAUCACAGGCAUCGAUAACUGCUCGGGUAAAAGGACCAUCUACAACUGCGACAACAGGUAAAAGCUUAUCCACCCUUUUUUUGAUGAGAGCAACGUUGAAUUUGUAUCGAGAAUGCUAA